CACUCAAAAGUUCAAAACACUCGCUUCUUUACAAGCGCAUAGUUAUCAACGUCAUUCGUCGUGACUGUUCGCCACCGACUCUCUGCCUCACCUCUCAGGCCGCCAUGCAAGCCCUUCAAUCCCCGACCCUUUGCCCCUCGCCGCUCGGCCCACUCCGCAAGAAUAGCUCCUCUCAUUUCCGUUUCAACGCCAGGCGCCGCCUCCCCUUCAUUGCGGCCUCGUCCCCUCCCGUCGUUUCGGCGCCGAAACGCGAAAAGGACCCCAAGAAGCGGGUCGUGAUCACGGGGACGGGAUUGGUAUCCGUGUUCGGAAACGACGUCGAUGAGUAUUACAACAAGCUACUUGCGGGCGAGAGCGGGAUCGGUACCAUUGACCGGUUCGACGCCUCCAAGUUCCCCACCCGGUUCGCAGGCCAGAUCCGUGGGUUCAGCUCCCAGGGAUACAUUGAUGGCAAAAAUGACCGGCGCCUCGAUGAUUGCCUCCGAUACUGCAUUGUAGCCGGGAAGAAGGCUCUCGAGCAUGCCGAUCUUGGCAGCGAUAAACUUUCCACGAUUGAUAAGGAGCGGGCUGGUGUGCUUGUGGGAACUGGGAUGGGUGGUCUUACAGUCUUUUCCGAGGGUGUUAAGGCUUUAAUAGAGAAAGGUCACAGGAAAAUAACCCCUUUUUUCAUUCCCUAUGCUAUAACAAACAUGGGUUCUGCAUUGCUUGCAAUUGAUAUAGGCUUCAUGGGUCCAAAUUACUCAAUCUCGACGGCUUGUGCAACCUCCAAUUAUUGCUUUUAUGCUGCUGCAAAUCACAUCCGUCGGGGUGAGGCUGAUCUGAUGAUUGCUGGCGGGACUGAAGCUGCUGUUAUUCCCAUUGGACUGGGGGGUUUUGUUGCAUGCAGAGCCUUAUCUCAGAGAAAUGAUGAUCCAAAGACUGCUUCAAGGCCAUGGGACAAAGAUCGAGAUGGUUUUGUCAUGGGUGAAGGAGCUGGAGUAUUGAUAAUGGAGAGCUUAGAACAUGCAAUGAAACGAGGUGCACCAAUUAUUGCUGAGUACUUGGGAGGUGCUGUUAACUGUGAUGCUUAUCAUAUGACUGAUCCAAGAGCAGAUGGACUUGGUGUGUCUUCAUGCAUUGAGAGCUGCCUUGAAGAUGCCGGCGUGUCACCUGAGGAGGUUAACUACAUAAAUGCGCAUGCAACUUCCACUCUUGCUGGUGACCUGGCUGAGAUAAAUGCUGUAAAAAAGGUUUUCAAGAAUACUUCAGAGAUCAAAAUUAAUGCUACUAAGUCAAUGAUUGGACAUUGCCUUGGUGCUGCUGGAGGUUUGGAAGCCAUUGCGACUGUGAAAGCCAUAACCACUGGAUGGCUGCAUCCUACCAUAAAUCAAUUUAAUCCAGAGCCUUCGGUUGACUUUGACACCGUCGCAAAUAAAAAGGAGCAGCAUGAAGUGAAUGUUGCCAUUUCAAAUUCAUUUGGAUUCGGUGGACACAACUCAGUCGUGGCCUUUUCUGCAUUCAAACCUUGAUCAUCCGGCCAUUCUGGAUUUCUUGUAGGAGAUGAGUCUUGAUUUUUAGGAGUUUGCUUGUUUGUUAGUGAGGCGCUUCCUUUUCUACUUUCUGGGGUCAACUGCAUGCUUGUGCCACUUGUAGUUGUUAAGGCCCGGUUCGGAUGAUGAGUUGAGUUGAGAUGAAUUGAAAGUUGAAAGUUGAAUAAAAUAUUAUUAGAAUUUUAUUUUUUAAUAUUAUUAUUAUUUCAAGAUUUCAAAAGGUUAAAUUAUUUAUUAUAUUUUGUAUUGAAAGUUAGAAAAGUUAUAAUAAUUAGAUGAUAUGAGUUUGGUUAAAUUGAACUCAGCCUGGUACCAAAUGCUGCCUUAGUGAUAGUUAUGAGUUGAAUUCUAGCUCUGAUUACUUUGUGACAUCUGUACUUGGAACUAUUCCAUCUAUUUUCAGUUUUAAAUUAUGUCAUGGAUAGAAGAGGGAGAGGGAGAGGGAGAGAUUGCUGAUGGCCUUUUUGCUUUAUGACGGGAUUCUGACUAUCUUUCUGGCUCGGUGAUCGGAAUGUAGAUGACUAGAGAGGUUCACAAAAUUGGCUGACAGGGACAGCUUCCGACCAGGUCAGAUAGUUGCUAAAUAUUUGAAGCCCAGCGUUGUGUUCUCUCUUUGGGUAAAGAGGCUGAUGGUGGUCAUGGAGGUGAUUAAAAUGUAUCUUAAUGGUGGGGGUCUAACUUUGCCCUCAUGUAAAACUUGAGCUGAUUACUACUGGUCUUUGUUUUUUUGGUACUGUUUUCGUUGUUUGCGGAAUUUUGGUAAUUCUCUUAUGGAAUGGAAGCCUUUAAUUUUGCGUU